AUGCCUCCCGGCAUUUACCUUGGUCAUGACAGACCCCACCCUACUGUCUCUGAUAGACUACCUCAUAUUGGGGCUGAAAGGGAAUCGACACAGGAAAAGCCAAACACUUCACGCUUCAUCGGCAUCAUACAGGAUCCAUGGAUGGUGCAGUUUAUCUGUAUGUUUCUCGCCCCACAGCGGGACGACCGAUCCGAGAAGCUGAAACAACGCCGGCUGCUAACCGAGCCUUUCCGAUUUGUCCUCGUCCCGGACCUUUUGUCAUUUCUGACACCCUGUCUAUCAGAGACCGGAAUCCUCCGUGAAUUAGUCUAA